AUGCAGGAAAAAAGUGUGUUGUUCAUCUGUUUUAUUGCGCUGAGCACCGCUAUUUAUAUUGCCCAAGAAGACUGUCCUCCAAACGAGGAAUACUUGCUGUGCGGUUCACCUUGCCCCUUCAACUGUACGAACCCUGACGGCCAAGUUCAGUGUUCGGAUGACUGCAUAGAGGGGUGUUUCUGCAAGACUGGGUACUUAAGAAAUGACAAUGGCACCUGUGUUUCCAUAGCAGAGUGUGGAGGACAAGACGAUAUUUGCGACGCGAACGAAGAGUUCCUGUCUUGCGGCACAGCCUGUCCAGGGACUUGCAAGCAGCCAGAUCCUAUAGUCUGUGAGUUGGCCUGCAGCAUGGGGUGCUUCUGCAAAGCUGGAUACGUCAGGGAUACAGCUAGUGGACAAUGUGUGACUUUGGAUAAAUGUCCAACUGUAAAAUGUCCAAAUGAAAACGAAGUUUGGGAUGUCUGCAACGGCUUAUGUGAGCCUUCCUGCGCAGACCAAGAGCCUGUCUGUGCGUUCAGCUGCACAGGAGGAUGCAUCUGCGGGCCUGGACUCUUGCGGAACGCUACAGGCGAAUGCGUUACACCAGAAAAGUGUGGAAAUAUUACAACAAAUCCUCUAACCGAGCAUUUAAAUGCGAUAAGUAAGUUUUUGGAUGUUAAAUUCUUGAAUAUCUAG